GUUAUCUACCAGCUGGAAGGAGGUACUCAAAUACUCUGUGUAACAGACAGUUGUGGCGCCCAAGAACUAAUUCCUGAGUAUCACGACCAACAUAAUCAUCUUCAAUCAGAUGUGGACAACCCUCUAACAGCCGUACUGGGGCAUUUUUUGACUGUUACAUGUGAACUGGUUCUGAAUGAACCAGAUUUUGAAAAUGGACCAUUACAACCAGUAGCUAGCACUGUCACAUUCCACCUAGAAUCAAAUCUGCAAGGGCCAAUGAAAAUGACUGCAGAGGACUUACCUUUCAGUCCAGGGAUUACAAAGUCUAAGAAACCAUGUAACUGCACAAAAUCACAGUGUCUUAAAUUAUAUUGUGAUUACUUUGCCUCUGGUGAAUUUUGCACCAAAUGUAACUGCAAUAAUUGUUACAACAAUCAACUUCAUGAAACUGAGCAAUUAAAAGCCAUUAAGAUAAAGGAAAAAAAAUAGAAAAAAGCCUGUUUUGAUAGAAACCCAGAAGCUUUCUUAUCAAAGUUUGGGAAAAAGAAACUAGGAGAAAUUAAACCUCACCAUAACAAAGGAUGUAAUUGCAAGUGCUCAAGAUGCCUCAAGAAUUAUUGUGAGUGCUUUGAGGCUAAAAUUAUGGGUUUCUCUAUUUGCAAAUGCACUGGUUGCAAAAAUUAUGAAGAAAGUCCAGACAAAAAAAUCCAGUUGAAUGUGGUAAACUACAUGGACAUUGGAAAUAGUGAAGGAAAUUGCCCAGUUGUAACAUCAGCAUUCAAAACGUUGCCAAAAUUGAAGACAGACAGGCAACCAGCUGUAUGUAUAUCUUGGGAAGAAGUGAAAGCAAUAUGUGCUUGUCUCCUGGUGCAAGCUGAAGAGGCAGAAGGUUAUUCUGAUUGUCUAGCUGAGCAGAUGAUCAUGGAGGAAUCUGGGAGGUGUUUAUCCCAGAUCCUAU